AUGUAUGAUUUGAAGGUUACCACUGAUUUUGGUAUAACUGGAAUCCCAACACAUAUCAAUUGUAUGAAACAAUGCUUUUUUCAACUUCCUACUGGCAAUCAAAUCCUUAUCUGUUGUGAUGGUGCAUCUAAAGGAAAUCCUGGGAAUGUUGGUGUUGGGUUCAUAGACAGGAAUCAACAAGGUGAUUGUAUGGGAGCAUCUACUGGGGGAUUAGGAGUUACAUCAAACUAUAUAGCAGAGAUAAUGGAUGUGAUCAUUGCAGGGGAAUGGGCAGUGAAGAAGAGAUUCACAGAGGUAUGUUUUUGUCUUGAUUCCUCAGCAGUAUUAAAAUCUUUCAUCAAUAGCAACAUUCCGUGGAUUGUUAGAAACAGAUGGAACAACCUCAAGAAAAGUAUAUGCAAUAUCACAUUCAAGCGUUCAUACAGAGAAAUCAACUUCUCUGUAGACAAGAUGGCCAAGAAUGGAGUCCUGCUUGCUAGAGGGGACCAUACUUUACUAUGA